AGCGUCUGCGGGGAGAGAGACGAACAGGUGGAGCAGAGGAGUUCCAGGGCAGUGAAAAUACUCUGGCAUGAAAUAUAAUGGUGGGUACACGUCAUCAUACGUGUGUCCAAACCCACAGAGAGUCCAACACCAAGAGUGAAGCCUAAUGUAGACCACGGACUUGGGGUGGUUACGACGUGUCGGUGUCGCUCAUCGAUUGUAACUAAAGUAUCACCUGGUGGGGCGUGUUGAUAAUGGGGAGGAUUUGUGUUUUGGGGGGAUAUAUAUGGGAAAUGUCUGUAUCUUCCUAUCAAUUUUGCUGGGAACUUAAAAUUGCUCUAAAAAACAAUGUCUGAUUUAAAAAAAAAAAGUUUAAGAACUGAAAAAAUCAUCAGUGCUGGCCUGGGCAUCUGGGGCUGGGUGGAGGGCAGCUCUGAGCCAGGCACUCCUCUCCCAGGCACCAAACCUCCCUCCAUAAAAGGAGGGGCCAGGACUAGCGCACACUCGAGGUCCAACAGCUCUAACAUUCUAGAACUUCGGACACGCUCCCACCAUCGCAUGGCCUUCCUCCAUCCUUCUGUGCACCCCCUGUGCUGCCCUCCUAGCACUGCUAUGACUGCGUUUUCACCCUCGCUCACCUGCUGGCCUGGGUGUGGCUACCCCCAGGCACUUCCAAAUUCCACUGGGGCCAGACCCAGCGGCCAGUGGGGACACAGACACAACAAGGUCAGGCUGCCUUCAGGGAGCUCCAGCCUCUUGGAGAGACGGCGCCAGCAGUCCUCCCCAGCUCGAUGUGGGGGUCAGCAAGUGUAGGGACACAUUAGGGACCCCCACACUUAGGCCCCUAGAACCAGGAUUGUAAAGUUGCUGCCUGAGCAAAAGCUUAGCAGUCAACUAAGUGUGACUGGAUGCUUGCCACACUGAAAACUGUGUGCAAAACCAAGGCCUUGAAGCUGUUUCAUUCCUCUCGAGCUAAGAGACAACUCCCAGACUACGAGUUUUCUCCCUUAGCCCUAGGGGUGUGCCUGUUAUUUUCUGUUCCUCUGUUAUCACUAAUAAGAGACUCUGUGGUCUGUCCUCCUCUCUGCUCUCUGCAUUGCCUGUCUCCAUUCUUGGCGUCUCCGGUCAGAAACACCACAAGCGAGCCGAGACUCAGGGCUCGAGGCGUGGAAGGAUCAGGCACCUGGGCUGAGCUGGAGAAUGGGGAGAACGAAGCCCAGGGUGUCAGCAGAAGAUCCAGCGCCCCAGCAGGACCGAGUGAGCAGACCCAAAACCCCCGGCAGGAUGAAGGUGCUCCCAGCUGUCCUUCUCACCUUGCUGUUGUGCAGGCAACCAGGCAUCCCUACACGGUCAGGGAGAGGGCAGGCACAGGACGAGGACAAUGACGAGGACAAUGACGAGGACAAUGACUACAGCGACGGCGACGAGGAGGACAAGGAGGGCGAGAAGGACGAGGCAGGCGGCGGGGCCAGAGGGCAGCUGCAGUGCUACUCCUGCGACCUCUUGCACUGGGAAGAAGGCUGUAACCAGACGCAGCGCUGCCUUCUCGGCGAGACCUUCUGCAAAACAUUCAUCUCCCAGGGGAAUACUGGGUCCGGUCCUUUGACCACCUACUCCUUGUGGUGCGCAGACAUGUGUAAAUCCUUUACCAGAAAGGUAGACGACACCCUGAUGACCAUGAACUGCUGCCAGACCUCCCUGUGCAACAUCCCACCUUGGCAGGGCUCUCAGGGCAACGGGGCAGGAGACCACCAGGGCGGCCCUAAGACUGUGGCCGCCGCCCUCCUGCUCAGCCUCCUCACUGGCCUUCAGGCAAUGGGGUCCUGAAUGGGGUGACACCGUGUCCACCCUGCCUGUCUCGUACCCUGGUGGGCCAGCACCCUGUCCAAUGCCAUCCCCUCCUGCCCCUCUCACCACCACCAGCUUUGGAGAAUAAACGUGGAGUACCUUUAAGGACUCGGCCAGCACCGGCUCCUCCCAGCCCGUCUGCAUUUCCUCAGUUUUCCCAUCGGGCAUCCUCUCCCACUGCCUGGGUGGCAGGACGGCUAGCACACGGGCCUCGGCCUCUCACGGGGCAGAUCCACACAGCCUCGCGCAGAGAAAACACUCGCUAUACGCCUGGGAGGAGCAGGCCCCAUUCUCUCCCUGGCUUCCCACCUCCAUCCACUCAUCUGCCUCCCAGCUCACCUGUAGGAGGUUUGGGGAGGGAGGCCGCCGAGGGUGUGGAUGGGGCUGAGGCGCGGUGAACGCGGGGUGGCUGGGAGAGGAGAGACAUGUGAGGCAAGGGGGUCAGUUGAGGUGGGCCUUCCCAGCCGGCCCCUCAGCCUGGUGGGUGCAGGUUGAGGGGACUGGCGAGGGCAGUGUGCUGGGGAGGGGUGGCCCAGGCCCUCUGGGUCCCCGGGAUCUGCUCUGGCUGGGUUGUGCAGUUGGCGGCUGGGCACUUGGCCUUUUUGACUGCACCAGACUCUGCUUUCUCACCAGUAGCUUGUGCCAGGACAGAGCUCUGUGCCUCAGUUUCCCCACCAGAGCAGUUACAGAACAAGGCUGAGAGGACCCCUGGAUCCCCACCAGCUCGACAUCCCUGGGUUGGGAAGUCCAGAGCUCUAUCCGGCCUGCCGUCUUCCCAGCAGGCAGUGCGGCCCUCUACCCUCCCUCCUCUCCUUCCCUUAACGGAAGGUCAAGGUCAAGCUGGUGGGGCUGGCAGGCUCCUUCCCCUUCCUCUUUCCUGCCAGCUGCAAUGAUGGCUGGAGCUCAGCAUCCACAUUGUGUCAUGAGGCAGCGCACUGAGAAUGGCAGGCCCACACUGAAGAAGGGGCCUGGGUCGCUGAUGACCUGAAGCCAUUAUACCAGCCCUGCACUGCCUGACCCAGAACCCCAUUACCUGGGAGGGAAAUAAACUUCUGCUGUGUUGGAGCUAA